CAUUGAUGUAGUUAUGCGAAAUAAGUUGUGGGACUGAGCAGGAAAGCUGGUCGCAAUUGCAUUCAAAAGACACGAAAACGGGCUUCUCCCCGGAUUUGAACCGUUUUUUUUUUCCAUUUCCAUGUUAUUGCUAAACCACCGUACCGUUCUCAGUCUGGCUGUGCUGCAUCUGGAACUCAUGUGUCAAUACUUAUCAAGUUGCAUAUUCCAUCUAGCACCAUGGACAGCGCAAUGAAGCUCAUUUGUUAUGAUGAUAAUCAUCGGAUGAUUUACUGUCAGGUUUAUGAUCUGGCCGACCGAAGACUUGGUUGCAACUUGCUACUGAAGAGAUGAAAUGGACAUAACCAAGGAAAACUUUGCCACCCACCUUCCACGCAUACGGGAUGCCAUCUCACGUUGCUCCUUCCUGGCUGUGGACUGUGAGUUCAGCGGGCUGACGACAGGUGGCACCACCUGUCAAUAUGACACGCCAGCUGAGCGAUAUGCCCACCUGCGGCGUACGGCCGCCGGCUUCCUCGUCAUCCAGUUCGGGCUGGCUGCCUUCACGCUGGACCAGGAGCGGGGCAGGUACACGCAGGAGACGUUCAACUUUUACCUGUUCCCGCGCCACCCGAGCCAAGGCUCGUUCCUCUGCCAGCCGUCCAGCCUCGAGUUCCUCUCGGGCAAUGGCUUCGACUUCAACAAGCUGAUCAAGGAUGGCGUACCGUACCUGAAGCCCGCCCAGGUGGAGACGCUGCGCGAUCAGCUAGAGCGACAGCAGGAGGAAGCCGCCUCGCCGGCCGCCGCCACCACCACCGCUGCUGCCGCCGCCACUGCCAGUGUGCCCGACAACCAAACCGAGUUCCUCGACAAGGCUGUAUCGCAGGUCGGGGAGUUCCUGCGCUCGUCCGACGAGCACCUGGACUUCCACGGCCUGAGCGGCUACCAGCGGAAGAUCAUGUACGACCACGUCAGCGCCAGGGUGGCCACACCGCUGGAUCUGGAGACGCAGCGCACGCCGGGCGGCCAGCGCACGCUGCGUGUGCGGCGAGCCGCCGGCCCGGAAGAGCGGCGCCGCCGACUGCGCGAGCGGCUGGACGAGGCGGCCGGCUUCUGCCAGGUCAUCUCGGCCAUCAGCGAGUCGGGCAAGACGGUCGUGGGCCACAACAUGCUGCUGGACCUGCUGCACAUGGUGGAACAGUUCGUCUGUCCGCUGCCGCAGAGCUACGCCGACUUCAGGGCGGUAGUCGGCUGCGUCUUCCCCAGUCUGGUCGACACCAAGGUGAUGGGCUCAACACAGCCGUUCCGCGACCUCAUCCCGUCGACCACGCUGGGCGAGAUGGUGGUCUGUCUGGGAACGCAUCCCUUCACCGCGCCCACGGUCGUGGCGGCCGAGGGCAGCAGCGGGCCCGAGUACCGCGUGGGCGACAGCAAGCAUCACGAGGCCGGCUACGACGCCUUCCUCACCGCCGUCUGCUUCGCCUCAAUGGUCAACUACCUGGGUCUGCUGCUGACGCCGCCCAAGCCGCUGCUGGAGCCCAGCGCGGAUAUCGUGCGCCCCUUCUCCAACAAGGUGUUCGUGAUGAGAAUGGCCGACAUGCCGUACCUGAACCUGACGGGAGAUGACGUGGAGCCCAGCCGUGACCACGUGUUCCAUCUGACCUUCCCGGCCGCCUGGAAGACGGGCGACAUCGUCCAGCUGUUCAGUGCCUUCAGCCGGGUGCACGUGGCCUGGAUUAACGACACGUCGGCGUUCGUCUCGCUGGACCGGCGGGACCAGGCGAGCCAGGUGCUGCAGAACGUCAAGGCGGCCGGCCUCUUCACGCUCUGCACCUACAGCGAGUGGCAGGCGGCGCAGCGAAUGUCGCGCCCCGACCGAGCCACGAAGCAGAAGACC